UCAGUUGGUAGGUAAUAUUGACUAAGUCCCCACCCACCUCCCACAAGACGCCAUUGAUAACCAUCUUUAAGCUUUCUUUAUCUAUAAUCUAUUCCACAGUAGAGAGAGAUAGAACACUUCCCAACAUAUAUUAUCCAAUGUGGAGAUCUUCCGGCGGCGUUUUUCUCAGACACGUCACGUCGGCGGUCCGGUGCCGGCCGAAGACGACGUCUUUACCCAUCAGGCCGUUUCGGGUUUUCGAUCCGGCAAGGCUACUGGCAUCACCCUUUUCGUCUGAUACUAUUAAUUUUUCCGGCGGAGGAGAACGGAAAGAAGAUGCUGCUAAGGGGGGACUUGGGGAAUUGAUAUCGUCUGAGGAAGCGAAGAAGCUGAUGAGAUUGGUGAAUGUUGAGGAGUUGAAGAAGAAGCUUGGAAUGGAUGGGAAGGAGAUGAUCGGGUAUUCAGAGCUUAUUGAAGCUUGCGAACAGAUGGGUGUUGCUAAAUCCAAAGAUGAGGCAGCUUCAUUUGCUCGUGUUCUUGAUGAAGCAGGGGUCAUUCUUCUGUUUAGAGAUAAAGUUCAUCUUCAUCCUCACAAGGUGGUAGAUCUGGUAAGAAAAGCUGUGCCUUUUGUUCUGACAUCAGAAGAAGAUGAUCCUAGAAAGAAGGAACUUGAGAAUCUGCAAGAAAAGAAGGAAGAAAUUGACAUGUUAGCACAUAAGCAGGUAAGAUAUAUCCUAUGGACAGGGUUAGGGUUAGCUAUAACUCAGGUUGGACUCUUCUUUCGUCUCACUUUCUGGGAAUAUUCGUGGGAUGUUAUGGAACCUGUUGCCUUCUUCACUACAGCUACUAGCAUAGUCAUCGGUUAUGCCUAUUUCCUCUUCACUUCUAGAGACCCAACUUAUCAAGAUUUUAUGCAAAGGCUCUUCUCAUCUAGACAGAAGAAACUUAUCAAGAUGCACAAUUUUGAUCUUAACCGUUUAAUCCAAUUACAAAAGACAUGCAAUCAUGGUGUUGUCUCUUCUUCCAAACUACACAACAUCACAACAGGACAAUCAGAACAGCUUCUCCAUUAAUCUUCUUAUUUUAACAUACAAUAAUUGUAACCCAUUUUGAGAUUAGCAUUCAGUCCCCCAUAAAUUGACCUAAUCUAAAUGGGCAGGGAUUGUAAUGUUUUCUAAUCAUUACUUAUACACAACUUAUUUUGCUAGCUGGAAAGGACUUC